GGGAGGGCGGAGACAGUUGUUUAUAUUCGUGUGGCUGUAAAUCGUCAACUCGUCUAGUGAGCUAGGAGCAAGAUUCACUAUUUCAACCUAGUUGCACUACUAGGUAACAGCAUUAGAUAAAUACGUGAAUAGAUAUAUGUUCUGAUUUGAUUUGUCCAAUAAGGCCGAGGAUCAAGGAAAGGAGUGCACAACAUAUUUCAAGUGAAUCUCCUUAUGUGAUUUUAAAAGGACAAAAAUAAGAAGGUAGGCUAGAUUAUGAAAUAAGAACAAGUUAUUUCAAAGGAAGCAAAAGCUACAGAAACACAGGCGAUAACAUAGCAUAAAGGGACAACGCGCGCAGCAGAGUGGUGACCUGGCCAGAGCGCGAUGUUUGGAAUGAUAAAGAAUACAAUUUUCGGGAACACCGAAGAAACGGACUACAAAUUGCUCAGCAGCGAGACCAAGGAGGGGGUCAGCUAUGAGGUGCGGAGGUACGAUGGUGCAAAGUAUGCCUCAGUGAGCUCAGAGGGGCGGACCUUUGACCAGGUGACGGGGGAGCUAGUGAGGAAGCUGCUCGUGUACAUUGGGGGAAGCAACGACCAAGGGGAGGCAAUGGGGACGACAGCACCGGUUAUCAUCACAGUAUAUCCCAGGGACGAUGGUGUGAUGUCACGCCGUUUGGUGGUUAGCCUCAGGAUUCCCACCAACUACCAAGUCAGUCCCCCUGUGCCCAUCGACAGUGCCAUCAGAAUCGAGGAUCGACCCGGCAUGACUGUCUACUCACUGCAGUUUGGAGGCUUCGCAGGGGAGACUGAGUACCGAGCAGAGGCCUCUCGCCUAACCAAAACUCUUGGUGAGACUGCCCCCUUUCAGCGGAAACAGUACUUCUGCUGCACCUACGACCCGCCCAUGAAACCCUACGGCCGACGCAACGAGGUGUGGUUCCUACAGGAGGAGCCAUAAGGGAAGCAUUAAGACCGACUCUUAAUAAUAAACUAUAGUCACUUCCUCUCCUUCAUCUUCACUGAUCACUCCACAUCUUGAUCUUUAUCUCCCAAAAAAUAGGAUAUGUGAAAAUAAUAUGGCAACUCAACAGGGGAUUUGUUUUCAAAUCAGUGCAAAUGAAGGAGAGGUGAUGCAAAGAAGAGUAUUAGACUAUUGAAAGGUCAUAAAGGGGAGGGAUGGGUAGCGGGCUACAUAGUUACUGGUCCAAAGUAGUGCAAUAGUACGGAACCAUUAUCAGUAACUGUAAAGUGGCCUAGGGGUAGGAGCCACUAACCACAAAGUACCGCUGUGUGUUAUAGGUGGUACAUCAUUAACUCAAGUUCUUAUUUUGUACACCCAGGGGUUGACACUCCCCUUAAAACAUGCUUCAUAGUGCUUGGAAGAAAAGCACAUUAAAUCAGGCUGUACACAUCACUAUUCAGCAGGGUAAUUAAAUGAUGCUUCACUUCAUACACCAUAAAAACAAAAUGACAGUUAAGUAUUCAAUAAGUAAAUUAAGUUUUAAAAAGCACAAUUCCUUUUCCCAAGGGAGGGAAUUUGGAAUAAACUAGGAAUUGAGCCAUAAAGUAGUGAUAGUCAAAUGUUUUCCUUAGUAUGAAUUAGUUGGUGGGGAGGGUAUGAAGGAGAAAUGUAUUAGUCAUUCCUUAAGUGUUAUCAUUUGAGAUGUCUAAUCCUUCUGUGAUGAUGACAUGAAAACCUUUCAAGACAGCAGUUGUGUGUAAUGAAUGUUUUGGUGUGCUUGUAUUUGGAGUCUUUGAAUUGUAAUGUUACUUAUGAUUCUUGAAACUGUAUUUUGAAAUACCUCUGUAUAGUGUGUGAUUUUCUGUGAAAAUAUGGAGUGACGAUAUCGUCAGGAUUUGAUAGCGUUUCGUAUCAUAAUAUGUUAUUC